AUGGGUCGGCCGAAAACCCGCCGCGCGCUCAGCGCGAGCCGCUUCCAUGAAGGUUCCAUGAACGACCGCACCUCGGCAGCACCGCCAGUGCAGUUCAUGGGCCCCGAUGAGAUUGCCGCAUUGGAGCGUCCAGUCUCCGCAAGCAUUCGAUCCCAGCCUCGGCCGGUUAGUGACGACUGGGCCGACAAGCAGGUGAAGCAAAAAAGACUUCUUGGUCAGGUUUGGGACGGCGUGCGAGGUCGACUGCGUUUCAAGAAGGAUGGGGAGGAUGAGAGAGGCUCUAGAAGGCGAGAGAGGAGCCGUAAGCGGGAUCAGUCGGAAUCAAGAGGGAGACAGAGGGAGAGGGAUGACAGGUCCAGAGAAGAGAAGCCUAUCGAGGAGCCUCAGAGGGAGGAGAUGCCGAGCCGGGAAGAGAUCCUGGCCAACUAUCAUCACUUGAUGGCGUCGGGCUUCUUUUCGUCUCAUGCUAUUCAGUCUACUCGCCAGCCGCCUCCUGGCUCUUCUCGAUCCUCCACCCAAUCUUCCUCUCACUCUUCUGUUCAGCCACCUACUCCGGCUUCCUCGGCAAACAUCCUCGAAGCUUUGUCUCGAGCACCUACACCUCAGAACCUGGCCCCUCGCCCACCAGUAUCCCGAGUACCAACUCCUCGAGCUCCUACCCCACGGGCCCCUACUCCUACACCAACUACCAACCCUACCUCGCCGUCCAGGUCUCGACACUUUCACAGAAACCACUCACCUCAGCAUGAUCCACAAGCUGCUACCUAUGAGGAGCUUGUCGCCUGUGGCUUCUUCUCUCCCCCAGCUCCUGCAGCUGUUCCACCACCAACUCCCAAGGGCGCUGCACCAGCUCCUCUUGUCCACACUGGUCAAGGCUCGCGAGACUAUCUUCAGCCGCCUCAACCGACGCGAAAAUCCUCUCGGUCUCGGUCAGUGACACCAUCGGUUUCUCGCUCUCAUUCCCCUCUUCAGUCGCCAGCCAGUGCUUCUUCUAGGGGAACCAAGAGAGCAGCAGUUGACCCGACCUCUGACGACGAGGACGACGAUGCGGCUCGAGAUCCGCCUACCCCGAACAAGAAACUACGCAAAAUGGCAUCUCGAGAUAUUGCGAUUCCCAAGCUACGGAAUGUUGCAUCUCGGCGAGCCAUUCUCUCUCGACGCAGUGUUUCGGGGCCUCAUGGAUCUAGCAAGGAACGCAACACCCUUGCCCGCCGUGUCCUCGGACAUUUACCUGGCGGCAAUGGUCGCAGUUCCUUUGAUUCACCUGACCGUCGAACCGAAGCUGCAUCUAGACGAAGCGCAGAUGUCCCUAGACGCAGUGCAGAUGUUCCUAGACAGCCACUACAAGAAGUUCAGCACUCACGAGUUCUACGAUCACGCAGGAGUGCUGCCGAAGCGCUCCGUGUUGCGCCCAACACCAACCGGGGCAUUCCCAAGGUGCCAAACAUUCCCGAAAAGUUCACCAUUUACGACGAGGAUGCCGAGAACAUUGCCCCAGCAGUGCAUAUUAGCUACUAGUUGACAGCACUGGCAUGUUAGAUCGACCCUGUCGAGUUGUGAUGGAUGGGAAGCGCCUUGGAUCUUUACGACAACGAAAAGGAGUGAUGGUGAGACGACAACGACUAGAGUCUUCUUCUUGACUCUUCGUCUCGAUAACCGAGGAUGGACGAUUUUUUAUGCGGCCACGACUUUCUUCUUUUUCAUUCUUGAUGACGACAAACACACAAAACAACGUUGCUUUUGGUAUUUUUGAGCGUCGGCUUGUUGUUAACUGUAUUCAUGCUGGAGAUAUCCAUGAUGACAUGACAUGCGACAUGACACUUUUGGUUUUGAAACGUCUCUUUUUCUCUGCUCCGUCUACUUUGGUCGAAGCCUUGAUAUUUGGGGGUUUGUUUAUUUAUUCGGACAAUGAAUGGGAUCUGGGUCUAGGAUUUGCUGGCAUCGCAAGGCAAGGAAGGGUCUGGAUGUCAAUUUGAUAUUGGGGGGUGGGGGAAUGGGGUACAAUGGUCCUUUGUCCUUGUACGCAUGAAUACGCUCGGUUUGGAAGGGACUGGUAAGGAAGGGAAUAAGGGGCGUUAGGUUUAACUCUGGUACGUUGAUAAUAAUGAAUGACAC